GACGUUACCCAAAAUUAGUGUUUCACUUUGAACUCAAGAGAAACAUCUUGUAUUUCAUACUGGAGACAUACGUACCAUCAAUCCUACUGGUUGUGCUCUCCUGGGUAUCAUUUUGGAUAAGCCAGUCAUCAGUUCCAGCCAGAAUCUGCAUAGGUGUUACCACAGUCCUUACUAUGACAACACUGAUGAUGGGAGCUAGGACUUCACUCCCAAAUGCUAAUUGCUUUAUUAAGGCAAUUGAUGUGUACCUCGGCAUCUGCUUCAGUUUCAUCUUCGGAGCAUUGUUAGAAUAUGCUGUGGCUCAUUUCUGCACUCUGCAUCGACUCAGUUCAAAGGAACUUCAAGAGGAUGAGGGUGAAGAGGCUGAAGGAGAGAGGAACGGAGACCUGGCAGCAGUUGCUAACAGUUGCAGUGCCCCUGACAAUACAAAUAAGAUCGAUUCAAACAACAGCAGCAAAACCAGCAUUGGCAGAGAAAGGGAGAGAAGUAAACACAGUGGGUGUAGUUCACCAAUGUCAGUAAUGAAAAGACUUUGCUGUAUCUUUGAUUGUUUCCAUGUUAAAAAUCCUUACCACAUAGACAACUAUGCCAGAUUUUCUUUCCCGUUAUCAUUCAUCAUAAUUAAUGUGUUUUAUUGGGUGUAUUAUUUGUAUUUCUGA